CCCCCUUGCCCAAAGGCUUCCCGGGGCCAAGCCAAGGCUGCAGCCGCGAAGCUCCCGGACGGCUCGCCCUCUCGGGCAGCCCGAAGCGCUCCGCGGCGGACAGAGGCGAGCAGGCGGGGCGGCUCGGCCACCGGGCGGGGCUUCGCUUCGGCCAGCAGGGCGGAGAAGGCGGCGGCUUUUUCCUGCGUCCCCCCCCCCCUUCCUCCCCGAGCCCGGCGAGGAAGGGGAGCAGAUGGGACCCGGGCGGAGCCGGGCGGGAGAAGCCUGAAAAGCGAACCGGGCCAACUUGGUGCAAAGUUCCCCAGGUCCAGCCGAGGCUGCUCAGCUGUUGCUGCCCUCUAAAAGAUGCACUACUACCGAUAUGCUUCUGCUGAAAUCAGCUGUUGGUAUAAAUAUCUCCUCUUCAGCUACAACAUCAUCUUCUGGUUAGCUGGCGUGGCAUUCCUUGGAGCUGGUCUUUGGGCAUGGAGUGAAAAGGGCGUGCUGUUUGAUCUAUCCAAGAUGACUCGCCUGCAUGGUUUUGAUCCCGUGUUCCUUAUCUUGUUCGUCGGAGGGGUGAUGUUCGUGCUGGGGUUUGCUGGCUGCGUGGGAGCCCUGCGGGAAAAUAUUUGCCUUUUGAAAUUUUUCUGUGGGACCAUCGUGCUCAUUUUCAUCCUAGAGUUGGCCUUGGCUGUGCUGGCGUUCUUGUUCCAGGACUGGGUGAAAGACCGAGUGGAGACUUUCUUCAAAAACAACAUUAAGGCCUACAGAGAUGACAUUGAUUUGCAGAACCUGAUUGAUUCAUUGCAAAAACUGAACCAGUGUUGCGGUGCUCAGGGUCCAAACGAUUGGAACCUCAACAUUUAUUUCAACUGUAGCAGUGUGAGCAAAAGUCGGGAAAGAUGCGGAGUCCCGUUCUCCUGUUGCAUCCAAGAUCCUGCGCAAAAUGUGGUGAAUACCCAGUGUGGCUACGACAUCAGAAAUAUGUCUUUAUCGCAUUGGGAGGAGCGAAUCUUCACGAAGGGCUGCAUCGCUGCCUUGGAAACCUGGCUGCCCAGAAAUAUUUAUAUCGUUGCAGGCGUCUUCGUUGCGAUUUCACUGUUGCAGAUUUUUGGGAUUUACCUGGCUAAGAUGCUGAUUUCUGAUAUCGAUGCAGUGAAGUCUGGCUUCUAUUUCCCAAGAUAAAAACUACCUGGGAAGACCAAUCGAUCUUCAUUCUUUGUACCAUGAUUGUAAAGGGAAAGGAAAGGAUCUCUGAGGCUUUAGAAAACCUUGGACACAUCUAGAAUGUAAAGCCGCUCUCUUUGUCUUUGGUUAAAAUGCCAGAUGGCCUCCUGCUCUUAAGUUUUGCGAAUUGUUUUUCAACAUGGUUUUGUUGGAAGGAGAUACAUUCACCUCCAGCCUUCUGCAUGCUGAUGGGUGAAGACCAGGGCGUGCAACACCGACUUCCUGUUAGUGGCAUCCCGAUCAGGACUACUGUCUUUAUUUCCUGAUUUCCUUUUUCUUUACACUAUUUUGAAGUUAAAAUGUUACAUUCCAAAUGUCGAUCAGUGCCUGGGGUGGGGGGGGGAAGUCCCACGAUGCCAAAUAAUUAUAUCUGAAGGAUGGGGAGACGGGAAGACCUGCGAGACGAUGUUGAUAUUGAAAAAAAAAAAAACGCGUUCAGGGAAUGUUGUGCAUGUUGACAAAUUGAAGUAUAUUGUUUGUGAGGUUUUUUGUUUUUUUUUUAAACACGGAAGCCGUGUUUGCGGAGUUGUGUGGACGGGCGGGGAUGAAGGAUUCCUGCUCUUCCUUAAUCCUUUGGUUGGACCUCAUGGAUAGAGAAGAUGGGAGUUCUCCUCUUGGAGGCCAGAUCCAAUGAAUCCAUUUGAGAAGCUACGAGAUCUGGAGAGGACACUGGCUUUGCUUCCGAAGGACUCUCGUCAGAUUGAAAAAUCUUUACCUAAGUGGAUUUAUAAAAAACAAAACAAAAAACAAAUGCUAUUCUUUUCAUUCACUGUAUUCUGAUGUCAUUUCUACAUUUUAGGCUUUUUGCAAUAUUGGUCUUGUUAUUUAUAGAGGUUUGGACAAGGGAAUCUGUUGUCCUACAGCAUAGCUGACGUUGCAGGAAGCGGUUGUGCAAAAUCACAUCUGUUGAUGGACAUGGCCAAAUAUAGUGAAAUAUAUUUCUCAAAA